ACUGACUUGUCAAGUGCUAGUUUACAAUACACAAUGAUUCCUUAAUCAUUGCUGUUUGUUUCAUGAUAUGCAAUAGAAAAUGUAUGAAAAACAACAAUUGAUGUUUCUACAAUGAUGGAUUUGUUAUCAAAUAUUAAUAGUAUGAAUAGUUGUUAGGUCUGCCUGCGUGAUUAGUAACUAAAAAAAAAUCUUAAAAGUUCCGCAUACUUAUAAUAAAAUUUUUAAAUAUAUCCGCAGUAUCAGACAGUACCGCUUAUACUGUAUGCUAAAUAAAUUCAUCUUUAUUUCUAUUUGAUUGUAGAAGUUUAACAUUUGGAAAUUGAGAUUAUUAAUGCUAACAUGCAGAACAGGAUUGUUCAUUUCGAUUUAAAAGGUGCUCCCCCUAAACUAUGCUAUUUAGAAAAGAUCUUCAAGAUAAUAAAGAAAUGGGGCGCUACUGGUGUUUUAUUGGAGUGGGAGGACACAUUCCCAUAUAGUGGAGAGCUGGUAGAUAUUGGCAGUGUCCUUGGUUGUGGUGGUGAUGGCAUGUAUUCUAUGGAUGAAGUGCGACAAAUACUACAGUUAGCUAGGAACUGUGGACUUGAAGUCAUUCAACUAAUUCAAACUAUUGGACACAUGGAGUUUGUCCUGAAGCACCCUUUGUUCCAAGAUCUCAGGGAAUUGCCAUAUUCUCCAGCUGUUUUGUGUCCAUCACAGCACCGUUCUCAAUUACUAGUGAGAGAGAUGUUGAGGCAGGUUUUGGAGGUACAGCCGGAUGCUAGAUAUAUACACAUUGGGGCAGAUGAGGUUUGGCACAGAGGGGAAUGUGAACUUUGUAAAUAUAAAGCAUCAACGAACGAACACAAAUUACACUCAAUUUAUUUAGAACACAUACGAGAUUUAGCCUUAUUUAUAAAGCAGUUGAGACCGGAUUUGAUUGUUCUCAUGUGGGAUGACAUGCUGCGGUCUAUAAGUGUAGAUGUAUUGAAAAAUUACAGCCUGGGUGAGUUAGUACAGCCAGUGGUGUGGAACUACAGUCCGCUGCAUUUGUUCCAUGUUGAAGUGCAAUUAUGGACAUGUUACAGUCAGGUGUUCCCAAAUGUAUGGGCUGCUUCAGCUUACAAAGGAGCCAGCGGAAGUUGUGAGAUCUGGCCGGUGGUAUCCCGUUACGCCAGCAACCAACAGGCCUGGUUGAAGACAGUCAAAGAGUAUUCCUCGGCUGUUAACUUUGUUGGGGUCGUCCUUACUGGUUGGUCGAGGUUCGAUCAUUACGCCACUCUAUGUGAACUGUUGCCGCCAUCUUUGCCAAGUUUGUCUAUCUGUCUGAAGAUGUGGAUGACUAUGGACGAAUGUUUUGUUUCAGACAACUCGGAGUCGUUGCCGCUGGAGGAGUGGCCGGGAGUAGAACUCGCACUCAGCAUACGAAACUUCGCUUCGUUGAGAGAACGCGCGCAUAACGUCAUGUACAGAGAGCUCGUUCCCACGUGGCUGAACCCUUGGCAGCUGCAGCACGCGUACACCAGCCCCAUACAACUACGUGGCAUCGUGGCUACUAUGACGCAAAUAAUAGCGGAUAUAAAGGCGAUACAUAGCGAACUUCUAACUCAAUUUCCUUUAUAUACGGGGGAGAGGAGUGCUCAGGAGUGGCUCGGCUCCCUGGUGACGCCAUUGUUGAGGAAAGUUACGGAGGUACACGACGUAGCUGCUAUCAGGACGGACAUGCAGGCCGGGGUCACACCGGGGAUGACAGCCACUCGUUAACCUUAUAUAUAAUAUAAUUUCAUAGUAUUUUUUUUUAUUCAUAAUAAAAUCAUUCCCUUU